GAGGUGUACUUCGCGAAGCUUUUUCAGAGCAGGCGAAGCGCUACGACGAGAUGGCGGCUCACGUGGAGGCAGUGGGAACGUCGGGUGACCAGCUCUCGAGUGAAGACCGCAGUCUCCUGUCCGUUGCCUACAAGAAGGUGGAGUUCGAAAUCGACGACAUUUGUAGGACGAUCUUUGCUGUCUUAGACAACAGUUUUAUCGAGAAGACAACGACAGGCGAGUCGAAGGUCUUGUUCCAAACGAUGAAGGCCGACAACUAUCGCUACAUUGCCGAAAACAUCACUGGCGAUGACAAGACGAAGGCUGCGAAUGAUGCCAAGAUUGCUUACCUCGAGGCCUGCAAGAUGGCCGGCACCGCUUUCAGGGACGCAGUCGCUGAGCUCGACAAACGUCACAGCAAACUUGUACAAGUGAAAGUUGACGCUCUGGACCUCGGACCAAGGGCGCGCCCCGAGAAGGGCACAGAGGCCGCGCGCAGAGCCUGCGAAGGCUGGCAGAUGCGCGAGCUCAAGAUCGCCGGCGAGGCCUGCGCCGAGGAGAGCGCGAGCGCCUUCGUGGGGCGGCGAGCGCAGGUCUGUUUCGGCCUGCGCCGUGGAUCUCCACCGCAAUCUCGGUUGGGGAUCUCGGAGUAA